GGUGCCAUUUGAUUAUCCUACGUGAAACAGACAUGACGUAUUGGAAAUAUAUUUUAUGCAUCUAUUUGUUAUCGUUUGUUAGCUGCGAGGAAAAAACAACGGCUAAUGUAACAUGCGGUCCAAACGAGUACCUCGACGACUGCCCCACUAAAUGUCCUUCUGACUACUGCCCUAAGUACGACGGUGAAGACAGAUUUGCCUGUAACAAGCCCAAAAUAUGCCCAAAACCAGCUUGCAAGUGUAGGUUCAACUACCGGCGAGCGUGCAAUGGCACCUGUAUACCAACGCGAAAUUGCCCACCAUUCCCGUGUAAUAGACCCAACGAAGUAUUCAACCCAUGUCCUCCUUUGUGUCCAACUGACCAAUGCAGUCAAGCUACACCGACAGGAGAAUGUCCUCCUCAAUUUGGAAACAUUUUGAUAGUACUACCGUGUAACCCAAGAUGCAGAUGUAAACCACACUAUUGGAGAAACAACGGUGUCUGCGUGCCUUAUGAUCAAUGCCCUAACAUAAUAGCAGCACAGACAAAUAGCACGGAAUGUGAAGAAUACGAAGACGCAGCGAUUCCACUUUAAAUAAUAAGCUGUGCAAACAAUAAACUUUAUAUUUAUCUGAAUACAGUUUAUCGUUCCAACUUCGGCAUUUAUUGUUAUUGAACAUUAAUUUUCUUCGUUAUUAUAUGUAUAAAUUUUGUUUUAAAUAAAGAUUUAUAUAUUCGA